GCGUGCCCCGGAAGCCGUUGAUCAGGCGGCGGGCACCGCGCGGCCUUCGCAUCCCUCCGGUCCCCGCACCCGCCGCCUCCCGCACCGCCAUGGCCUCCCCGCGGGCAGCCCGGCCCCCCGCGCGGGCCCCCGCGCCGGCAGAGGCCACAAAGACCAAGCCCGCCGAGGAGGGCGAAGCUCCCCCGCCCAAGAGAGCCCCCAUCUUCUACGGCAGUUUGGAGGAGAAGGAGAGGGAGCGGCUGGCCAAGGGGGAGGCGGGGCUGCUGGGGAAGGAGGCGAUGAAGGCUGCGCUGGAGGCCGGGAACAUCAACAUCAGCAGUGGUGAGGUCUUUGACCUGGAGGACCACAUGAGCGAGCGGCAGGCCGAGGUGCUGGCGGAGUUCGAGCGCAGGAAGAGAGCGCGGCAGAUCAACGUCUCCACGGACGACUCGGAAGUCAAGGCCUGUCUGCGCGCGCUCGGGGAGCCCAUCACGCUCUUCGGAGAGGGGCCUGCAGAGAGGAGGGAGAGGCUGAGAAAUAUCCUUUCAGUGGUUGGCACAGAUGCAUUGAAAAAGACCAGGAAAGAUGAUGACAGGUCCAAAAAAUCCAAGGAAGAGUAUCAGCAAACCUGGUACCACGAAGGACCACGCAGUCUGAAGACAGCAAGGCUGUGGUUGGCCAACUACUCACUCCCCAGGGCAGCGAAGCGGCUGGAGGAAGCUCGUCUGCUCAAGGAGAUCCCGGAGGCAACCAGGACAUCACAGAAACAGGAGCUGCACAAAUCCCUGCGAUCCUUGAAUAACUUCUGCAGCCAGAUUGGAGACGAUCGCCCGCUGUCCUACUGCCACUUCAGCCCCAAUUCCAAACUCCUUGCUACAGCCUGUUGGAGUGGCCUGUGCAAGCUCUGGUCUGUGCCUGACUGCAACCUUGUUCACACCUUACGAGGACAUAGCACCAAUGUAGGAGCAAUAGUGUUCCACCCCAAAGCCACUGUCUCCAUAGAGAAGAAGGAUGUCAACCUGGCCUCGUGUGCUGCUGAUGGAUCCGUCAAACUCUGGAGCCUGGAAAGUGAUGAACCAGUGGCAGAUAUUGAAGGACACAGCAUGAGAGUGUCACGUGUGAUGUGGCACCCAUCUGGGAGGUUCCUGGGCACGACCUGCUACGAUCACUCGUGGCGCCUGUGGGACCUGGAAGCUCAGGAAGAGAUUCUCCACCAGGAGGGGCACAGCAAAGGGGUCUAUGACAUUGCCUUUCACACCGACGGGUCUCUGGCCGGGACGGGAGGUCUGGAUGCUUUUGGCCGGGUGUGGGACUUGCGCACGGGGCGCUGUAUCAUGUUUCUGGAAGGCCACCUGAAGGAGAUCUACGGGAUCAACUUCUCCCCAAAUGGGUACCACGUUGCAACUGGCAGUGGUGACAACACGUGCAAGGUGUGGGACCUCCGCCAGAGGAGGUGCAUCUACACCAUUCCUGCCCAUCAGAACCUGGUGACCGGGGUGAAAUUUGAGCCCAAUCACGGGAACUUCCUGCUCACGGGCGCCUACGACAACACGGCCAAGAUCUGGACUCACCCCGGCUGGUCCCCCCUGAAAACCCUGGCUGGUCACGAGGGGAAGGUGAUGGGACUGGACAUCUCCCUUGAUGGCCAGCUGAUAGCAACCUGCUCCUAUGACAGAACCUUCAAGCUGUGGACAGCAGAGUAGCUGGGAGGUGCAGCUGCGGAACUGGAAGGGAGCCUUUGGGAGGAGUCUGGCUUCAAACUUGAUCUUCAGUUAAAGAAGGGAAAGCUGUCAGGGUUAGAGGAACACAGCACCUGCCUCCCCUGCACCUGCAGAGGUGGUCUGUGGCUGUAGGGGUCUGCACCCCCUUGUGUUCCCUCACAGUGGGUAGUAAAGGCCAGGAAUGUUGAUCUUUUCCAUGUACCACCUCAGACCUCUCCUGUCCCAGCUCCUUCAGCUGUCUCAUGAGCUGGGUGUUUGAAGUCCAGGUUGGCAUCUCCUGGUUAGGGUUUUGGCUGUCUCACCUGGGAUGAUAUGAAGGCAGCUCUUUCAUGGUAGGGUUGUCUUGUUCUAACACCGUGAGGAGCUUUCUCAUGUGUUCUAUAUUGUUUAAACUGAGAUUUUGCAAUUGUUGUGUUCUGGAAAAUCAAAGCCUGUUUUGGACCUGCA